AUGUCUAAUAAGCAAGCGGCGAAAAAGACGGAUCAACUGAAGGAGUAUUUUGAGAAGGACUCCCGAAACUUCAAGUUGGAGAAGCCGAGACCCAACAGGGAUUUCCUCGGGAGGGGCGGAUUUGGUAUCACGUACCUCUUCCGAGAGGAACAGGAGGAUGGGACUCUGAAGAGGAAAUUCGUCGUCAAGUUCGCCACGCGUUCUACGGAAGGGACUUCGAACGAGAUGCAGACUGAGAUUCGGAUUGCCAAGAAACUCUACGGAGCCCUGCACAUCGCCCAGCCCAUCGUAGACGAGGGCGAGAUGCGCAAGCUGGACAACCUCCCCGAAAACGCGGAUAAACUGUUCAGUCUUUUGUUGUGUACCGAAUUCCUGCCGAACGGGACACUAUUUACCUUCCGGAUGAAAGCGAUGAAUGCGGAGCAACCGAUCCCGAACCGUAUCCUGUGGAUGAUCUUUCUCUGUUUGGUAAGGAUGGUCAUUGCCAUGGCCAACCCGCCUGAUAGGGGAUACCGCGCGGAAACGGCAGCCCCCCAGUUGGAGGAGUUGGCGGAGCCUGGGUAUUACCAGAUCGAGCAUGGGGAUCUUAACAAUCCGAGCAACCUGGUAUUUGGCGACUUUGACAUCAUCGAGCACAACCUAGUCCCAAUAGUCAAGUGCCUCGAUUUUGGCAUGUUUAUGAGCCAGUUAUUCGCUUACAAAGGGAUGCCCAACCCCAAAGAGACGCCCGACCCCAAAGUCCUCUUUCCCAACCUCGACAUGGAGCUCUACGAUCUCGCAGGGCGAUGCGCUGUGGACAUUACGAAAGACUCGAAUUACUUCUCCAAUCCCGAUCGGCCCUCGCUGACCGAGCUGUUCACCGCGGUCCGGAACGCGGUCACCACGAAGACAGGGCCUGACCACUUCCUUGGCCUCCCUUUUACACAUCCCGAGACCGACGAGGAAAUACAAAAAUACGUGCAGAAGAUGAUACUGUCCGCGUAA